AAAGAGUAGAAAAUUGUCGGUGUCUUUUGCUUCUGUCUCUUUAUCCCACUCUGCGAUGCUGGACGAUUCUCUAAACUGUGUGUGUGGACGGGGACAGCUGUGAGGGAUUGUGGGACCUUACAGCACCUCUUCUGACCGGUCUACAGAAUUUUUUCUUUUUUUUUCGUUUUGGCUACUCGCUUAUCAUGCAAGGCUAAACACCCCACAAGGGGAAGUCAUUCUCUAGGAGGUAGUUAUUUGCAGCCAUUGUUUUAAAGUAAAAUGUGCAGCCAGGUAUCAUCUAUGGAGUCAUCCCAUCUAAUGCAAAAAAAUUGCACAAAAACAUGUAAUGUUGUGCAGACAAAUUUGGAAAUAUCCCUGCUAAAUCUGUAUGAAAGUCCUCUACGCCAAGCUAGUUACAUCCCGCCAGGAUAGUUUUUAGAUGCAGAAUAAUUUAUUUUUACGGAUUUGUGGUUUUGUUUUUAUUUUAGCCACUUAGAUUCAUGCCCUGUGUUGCUGCUUGGUGUGCCAGCGAGCAAUGAAAGGUUGGAGAACACAAGCUUGCAUUCACACCCGCAGAGGCCAGAAGCGUUGGGUGCCAGCUGUUGCUGUUCUGGCCAUUGGUUCCAUUACUCUCUGAAAGCGUCAUCCUCAAUAUUGCUUUGACACCAGGUGAUGUGAUCCUAAAUAAUGCUUUUCAUUGUAGAGCACCACAAGAAUAACAGCAGAAAGGUAGCAAUUUGACACGUGAACUCCUCAGUAUCACAAAGCGUAUUCGUCUUUAUGUAACACCAUAUUUUCCUGGCAUUAGCUUGGGGCUUUAGUACAGGGCUACCUCCUAGAGAAUGACUUCCCCCGUCUUUUGUUUUUUAACUCUUAUAAUGGAAGAAUUAAACGGCAAUGCCUAUUUGGCAAAGCUGCUGAAAUCUAGCCAAUCUGUGGGCAUGAUUACCUUGGAAUUUUCAUGUGAACUUUACCGCAUAUCGACUUUUUCUAAAUUUCCCUCCAAUCCGCCUGUUUCCGAGCGAAGCCUUGCUAAAGCUGGUUUUUACUACACCGGAGAGAAUGAUAAAGUCAAAUGCUUCACCUGUGGACUAAUGCUAGAUAACUGGAAGAGGGGAGACAGUGCAUUUGAGAAACACAAGAGGCUUUAUCCAAGCUGCAGCUUCAUCCAGAACGCAUCUCCCGUCAACCUUGGAGCAUCCCUAAAUUCGGCUUUCUCGACUCCACGUUCUCUGGGCAGUCAGGCUUCGUCUUCAGAAGAAGGUGUUAUAAGUAAAACCUACACGAGCAUUCCUCAUGAUUCAGUUACAAGGGCUGUGGAAGACGUGUCUCACCUAAGGAGCAACGACGGCUUGUACACAGAAGAAGCCAGGCUUCGCACUUACACAAACUGGCCUGUGACCUUUCUUAGUCCUAGCGAUCUUGCUAAAGCUGGGUUCUACUACAUAGGUCCAGGAGAUAAAGUCGCUUGCUUCGCCUGUGAUGGGAAGUUGAAUAACUGGGAGCCCAACGAUAAUGCCUUGGCAGAACACCGCAGACACUUUCCAGAAUGUUCUUUUGUGAGCACUAGCGCCAAACCAUCAUUGAGAUCCAAUGUUUCUAAUGUCUGCAUGCAGACCACGUCAUCUCGGCUGAAGACGUUCAUAAAUUGGCCCUCCAGGAUCCCAGUGACACCCAAAAAACUAGCAGAAUCUGGCUUUUACUAUGUUGGACGGAAUGAUGACGUGAAGUGCUUCUGUUGUGACGGUGGUUUGAGGUGCUGGGAGUCUGGAGAUGACCCCUGGGUUGAACAUGCAAAAUGGUUUCCAAGGUGUGAAUAUCUAUUGCACAUUAAAGGUCAGAGUUUUGUCCAAAACAUUCAAGAGCGGUAUCCACAUCUUCUAGAUCAGUUGCUAUCAAAUUCAGAAUCUCAAAAUAAUGAAGCCCAGUAUCCACCAAUUAUUCGCUUGGAUAAGGAGAAUAACCAGGAUGAUGAGACUUGUAUGAACACCACAGAGGUCCAAGAUGUUCUGGCUAUGGGCUUCAACCGCAGAUUGGUCAAAGAAACCAUUUUUAAUCGCAUACUGACCACAGGAGAGAAUUACAAGGAAGCUGCAGACUUGGUGAAUGAUUUACUGAGCGCCCAGAAAGAGCAGACUGAAGAGGAGAGAGACCGACAAUCAGAGCAGAGUUCAGCAGAUGAGAUCAAUAUAAUAAAGAGAAGCUACCUUGCCCUGUCGCACCAAAUGCCAUCUGCCCUCUGCAUGGCGAUUAUGGAUGACCUUGUUGCACAAGCUAUAAGUUAUGAGGAAUAUGAGAUGAUGAAGAGCAAGAAAACUCCUAUUCUACAAGCCCAGGAUCUGCUUGAUAAAGUUUUGACCAAGGGAAAAAAUAUAGUAGAGACUUUCAAACAGAGCCUUAAUAGCCACGACCCAGGACUUUACAAAGAAUUAUUCAUUGAACAGUCUUUGAAGAGUCAAGCAUCAGAUGACUAUUCAGAUUUGCCAAUGGAAGAGCAGUUAAGGAGGUUGCAAGAAGAGCGGACCUGUAAAAUCUGCAUGGACCAAGAAGUGUCCAUCGUCUUUAUUCCAUGCGGGCAUCUGGUAGUAUGCAAGGAUUGUGCACCAUCCUUACGGAAAUGCCCAAUUUGCAGAGGAAUAAUUAAAGGCACAGUUCGCACAUUUCUUUCCUGAAGUUGGAGAA